GUAGGUCGUUGUGGCGAGCGGUGAGGAAGGCAUUCGUCCGGGAGGCGCCGGGCGAGCAUCACUAUUCGCCUCCGCUCCUUGCCGCACUGCCCCUUGUGUUCCUGCACCGCGCCAUCUCGCCACCAGCCUGCCACGCGCUCACUGCUGCACCACACCGUGCCCACCGUAGAACAUAGACACCUGUCCUGAGCUCCUGCCCUGCCCUUUCUUGCCCCUUGGGGAGUAAUAGUCAUGUUUGGUGAUUAGAGCAGUGAGGGCGCGGGUGAGUGGAAAGGGGUGGAAGUGUGUGUGUGUGUGUGUGUGUGUGUGUGUCUGUGUCUGUGUGUGUGUGCGUGUGCAUGUUUUCCGGCCACGUGCAUGACGCCCACUGAUACGUGUCUGGACAUGGUGGACUGUCACUGCUCAGGCAGUGCUGUGCUGCGGAUUGCGGUGGCGGCGCGACGGUGCCUACAGGAGUUGGAAGGCCACAUUGCCGCCCACGGAGCAGCAGCGUGGUAAGACACACUGUGUCACACUGGGGAGCAGGAUGCGGCAUGCGAGUGUUCUUCCUCACGUGGAUGGCUGUGGUGGCCUUUGCUGCUGCUGCUGCAUGAAGGCAAGGACGUCACCAUGCUGGGGAACUGGCACGCAUCCCAGACGCCUGGUCGUGACAUGCAGUGAUGGCAGCUGGCGUGGGCUGCCAUGCUAGGCGUGAUCAGGGCUAACGUGCCCUUGAGCCUCCACGCGGCGCUGGACGAUGGAAGAGGAUGGAGUGGUGGUGGUGGCGGCGGCCAUAGGCAGACCUGAGGAGAGUGUUGUGGCCAACUCGAGUGACUGUGGCGGGAACUCCUCGGGUAACACGAACGGAUGUGUGACAGUGCUGGGGAACGUGACGGGCUCGGAGAGGGACGAGGUUCUGGCUCAAGUAGAGGUGGCGGUGUUAGCGGUGUUGCUGGUGGUGAUCCUUGUGUCUAACAUGCUGGUGCUGGUGGCGCUGAUUCGCUCGUCCCUGCUGCGGCCUAUGUCGCGCACCUACUUCUUCAUGACGCACAUCUGUACCGCAGACCUCAUGGUGGGUCUUUGUAACGUGCUGUCGCAGCUUGCCUGGGAUCUCACCUACUACUUCCGGGGACCCAACUGGCUAUGCAAGAGUGUCAAGUUCCUACAGGUGAUGCCGUUGUAUUUGUCGCCGCUGCUGCUGGCCUGCCUGGCCUUCGACAGGUACCGUGCCAUAUCGUGGCGCAUCGGCAGCAAGCUGUGGUCUUCGCUGCGCAUGGUGACCAUGGUGUGGGCGCUGUCCGCCCUGCUGGCGAUGCCCCAGGCCUUCCUCUUCUCCAAGAAGCAAAUGCACAACGGAGAGUUCAACUGCUGGGCAGACUUCCCCGAGGAGUGGGGCAUCAAGGCCUACGUGGUGUACUUCGUGUGUGCGGCGUUCUUCGGGCCCAUGCUGGUCACCGUGUACUGCUACACCUGCAUCACGCUCAAGGUGUGGCGCUACUCACGCUACAGGCGCGGCUACGUACCACUGCGGACACUGCUGCUGCGGUGGGUGUGUUGCGUGGAGCGGGAGCGGGAGAUGGCGGGAUCGCGGGGCAGCACGGGGGCGGGGUCCUCGGUCACCUCGGGGUCGUCCAGCACAGUGAGGGUGAGUCGUGUUCCGCUGAUGGUGCACAGCUUCGCCAACGUGCCGCAGCCGCUCUCCCUCGCCAAGAUGAAGACUAUCAAACUCACCCUCGUCAUCUCCUUCUUCUUCAUCGUGUGUCACGCUCCCUUCUGCUUCACUCAGCUAUACAGGGCCUUCGCCACCGCUCCGCCAGGAGAAACAAGUCACCCUAUCGCGGUCAUCACUCUGCUGCUGCCUUCCCUGCCCUCUUGCGUCAACCCGUGGAUCUAUCUCUGCUUCUCUGAAAAUCUCCUCAACCAGAUUUGUGGGUGCCUCAGGGGACGUCUUCGUGUCCACCACGUUAAGGAGAACAACAGCAUAGGUGACCAGGAACCCGAGGACCACCACCACCACCACCAUUACAGCCACCGCCGCCGCCUCCGUCUGGAGCAGCGGAAUAGGCUUAGAUGCUCCCAAAGCUACAACAGAAGGGGUGUUUACGCCUGUAGGUACCCCAGCACACUCUCCGAUCACUUUCCGAAGAGUAGGCCUAAGGAACAAAUCGAACUGGCGAUGUUUGGCACGAGUUUGUGAAGAAAAUAGAAAUCGUGUUGUUUUAGUAAAUAUGACGCAACUGACGGCAUGGAAAGGCUGGAAAAAAAAGAGAAAAAAAAAAUGCCUUGACUCAGGAUCAAACUGGUGACUUUUAUACUGUUAGGAAAAUGUUGUACCUUUGAGCCGCCCACAGCCGUUCCUUCAAGACUUGGUGAGAUGACAAGCCGGUGCAGUGGACACGUGCAGAGAUACCAAGCAACCUUGUCCUGAACUUGUGAACGUGUUAUCUUUUCCAGGGCGUUUACAGGAGUGUUUCCUUGGUGUGUCUGUUUUCAUGGGGCGAGUUGCUACCUGGGUGCAGAUAGCGGAGUUCGGGGUGACAAAAGGACAUAAGUAAAAUUCUCAACAUCAAUAACUAGGAUAGAAUCAGAAACAACGGGUCACAACUUGAGAAAUUAGGUUUAAGAAAGAGAAGGGGAAUAUAUUGGUUUGUAAAUAUAGAGUGGUUGACGAAUGGAACGUGCUCAGUAAUCACGCUGUUACUCUUAAACCAAUGGGGAGCUUUAAAGAAAAAUUGAAUAUAUAUGGAUGGGGACGAUAGGUCGAUAAACGUAUAUGGGGGAGGUAUAUUUCAAACAGGAACUGCUACGUGUAUGCCGGAUGGUUUUCGUGCAGCUUCCAUUAUUUUCCUAAGUCCUUAUGUUCUUAGUGAAGUGGUCGCUGCAUUGUGGUUUGAAAAGACUGACGAAGAACUUUUUUUUCUUUUGGUAUUUUUUAUCUAUUUUUAGUUGGGGUGACGGGGGAGGAGAAAGGAUAUUGAUUGGUGAGUUUAUUUUAUUCUAUUUUAUUUCUAUUUAUUAAUUUUUCCUAGGGUGGAGUGAGGGUCUGUGGCGUGGAGGAGAGGAGAGGUCUGAUUCACUGUGCAAGUUUUGAAAGGAGUGUGUUUAUAGGCACUCACUGAAGGCUUUAUUUAUUCCUUUUCCACUGGCUUUGUUAAUGUUGGUUUAAUGUUUUAUUCUUGCUUUUUUUUUUUUUUUACAUGUGCUGUUGAGUGCUUUUGUAUGAUUUUAUUUACAUCGUGUUUUUUUUUUUUUUUCAUUUAGCGUAUUAAAUUUGUUCACUAGUUCAUUUUCGUCCUCUUCUUUACCUGUGCUGCACAGAAUAUCUUUUGUAAGAGAUAUUUAUACAUGGUUACAUUUCUCGUUUUUUUUUUUUGUUCCAAUGAGAGUCAUUUCCUGUGUUACAUGAAUUCAAUUUAUUUCGCUCUUUCCUCUCAUUUUUCUCUGUGUGUUUAGUCAGAAUGUGUUUUGUGAAAGAGAUAUUUAUAGAUAGAUACAUUUCUCGUUUUUUUUUUUUUUUUUUCAAUGAGAAUCACUUCCUUUGUUACAUGAAUUCAACUUUAUUUCGCUCUUUGCUCUCAUUUUUCUCCGUGUGUUUGUCAGAAUGUGUUUUGCAUGGAGUAUUUGAAUUUUUACAUUAUCUUCUAUUUACACUACUUUUCUCCAUUAUUUCACUUUUACAAUAGCUGCAUUAUCUUUUUAUUUACGUAUCUUAACCAGAAUGUGUUUUUUGAGGAAUAGAAACAUGAAUAUAUUAUGAGCAUUUUAUAUUCUUCCUCCAGUCUUGCCGCAACACCACGUAUUUCUAGACGGACUGAUCCUCGAAGUCUGCAAAAUAAAGUUAGCAUUUCCUUAGGCUGAUAUUCUUUCCUUUUCGGGUUUUUGUUUACAGCUACGAACAGGAAGGACUGAAGCAAUUUAUUCGAUUCAGGAU